AUCUGCGACUUGCGUUUGUUUCUUUCGCGACGAACAACCUUGAAGAGACGGACGCGAUGUGUGCAUAAUAAAGGCUGCUAUACAUAAAAUUACUUAAAUGCAAAAAUUUCUGGAAAUAUCUUGACUAUUAAAAUCUCAAAUCAGAUACAGUAGUAAAAUGAAACAAAAUGCGUCAGAUGUAAUUUACAUUCUGCGAACUCAACAACCGCAAACAUCACUUUACGUUUAUUGUUUACAAUUGGCUUAUUCUUCUAGAUCUAAUAUAGAUGUAAAAGUUAGUGCCAAUCAUAGGCAAUAAGCGCGCAAAGCGAUGUCUCAACUGUUGAAUCCGUCAAACGCGGCCAUUUUCUCAUUCAAAACAUAUGGGGAUUCAGCAACCAACAGAAAACACAAUUAGUUUAGAAAACACAAGUCCGACAAAAACAAAAAUUAAUAUUCACAACAAUCAACGAUCACAGAAAUGUUGAAUGAGCGCGUAUUUUGUUGAGCACAGCGCGUUUAGGCAGAAUCUACCCCCAACUGUUGCGCGGCGGAUGUGUUUUCUGAACGCAUCCGCUAAUUCAUUUGAGGCAAACUUGCGUGUGUGCGCGUAAGCGAGCAACCGAAUCCGCCAUUACGAGUCGCCUCUAGCUCCAGCUUUAUCAGUUGCCAGCCUUGAUAGGAAGACGAAAAUAGUGGGGCGAGCGCGACCAGUCUACCGCCGAAUGUUUUGCCUAAUUAUUCGAGGGAUGUGACUUUUCAGGGAAAUGAUAGAUUUCAUCUGAUGUUGCGGUGAAGCGAAAACGAAGCAGUGGCGAUGCGUUGUCCGCUUAGCGAGAUGGAACAAGCGCUUCGUACCGUGAGCAGAUUACGGUAAUACCGGUUGAAAACGUCGAAGGUAUCAUCGGACCCGACUCUUUGUCAUGGACAUGCAAGCUUCUAAUGGAAUGGGUAUGUGUGUGAAUACAGUGUAUACUUCCAUCCCUGGGUUGCCUGAACAACUAGGAAUGGUGUGGAUGGGGGAUGUGAUGAUGCACGCAGAACCUACUCAUGAGCUUAUGCUGGAUCCUCGACAAACAACUGAGAAUCCCUUUUUCUCACAUGGUUCAAAUCCUUAUGAAGAGAUUAGAAAUCAUCAUAUUGGAACCACUAUGGUGCGCUAUAUACCACAGCAAUUUUCAACAGAAUGUUCAGAGCCUGGUGAGGCAGAGGAAGCUACUGAUACUCAAGACUUACAGGGAGGAUAUGAUUCAGAGACAGAAAAACAAGAAAUAAGUGAAUAUUUAACAUUGGAAGAUUACAUAGGUGAAGAAGAAGAAGAAGAGGAAGAAGAACAAAUAAUGACUAAUGCUGCGACUCAAACUACUCAAGACAAGCAUUAUAAUAAUCACUAUCGAAAGAUAAAACCCAUAAAACAUCCUGGACUUGUUCUAAAGACACCAAUUGCUUAUCAACCUUGCACCGAUUUGAACUUCAUUCCUAUUCGUAAAGAUGGCAUAGCUGUUUGUGAAAAGUGUGGUGCUAUUGGUGUGAAGCAUGCUUUUUACACAAAGGAACGUAGAUUUUGCAGUAGAGCUUGUGCUCGUUCUUCAGAAUAUAACUCGCUUACUGCCGAUUCGACACACAGCCCAUCUUAUUCGAUAGAUCAACCUAUACAAGCAUCACCUAAUGAAACAAAAAAACCAACAAAUACUGUUGGAGAAUUAAAAAAGAAAAAAGCAGAAGUCACUGAGUCUUCUUCGGAGGAAAAUCACAAAGUUAACUUGGAGCCUGUAAUGCCCGAGGACUUACCAGUUAGAAGAAAGAAAACUGCAGAACUGGCUAGUUCAUAUGAUUGGACACCACAGCUUCUUGAACCUGGAUUUUGUGCUGCGCCAGUCUCUUGUUUCAAACAUGCACCUAUAUCGGAAAUAUGGGAUAACAUUACAGUGGGUAUGAAAGUAGAAGUAGAAAAUACCGAUUGUGAUGAAGUAUGUGUGGCUUUCCCAGAUUCGUUUUGGGUCGCAACUGUGUUACGUAUAUGUGGAUAUAGAGCUCUGUUAAGGUACGAGGGUUUCGGACACAAUGCAGACAAAGAUUUUUGGGUAUCGCUUUGUUCUAACGACAUACAUCCUGUUGGUUGGUGUGCCUCAAUUGGAAAACCUCUUAUUCCACCUAACACAAUUGCGAAUAAGUACAAAGAUUGGAAGGAUUUUUUGAUGAGGCGAUUAACCGGCGCAAGAACAUUGCCUACGAACUUCUACAAUAAAGUAACCGACAGUAUGAAGUCUCGCUUUCGAUGUGGACUUCAUCUGGAGGUGGUGGACAAAAAUAGAAUCUCGCAAGUGAAAGUUGCAACGAUACAGAGGAUCGUCGGCAAACGUUUGUACGUUAGAUAUUACGAUUCACCUCCGGAAGAUAACGGGUUUUGGUGCCAUGAAGAUUCCCCACUCAUACAUCCCGUCGGUUGGGCCAAACGAGUGGGACAGACGCUAGAUGCCUAUCCUGAAUAUCUAGCUCGAAUUUCCAAAUCAAAAUUAUCCGAAGAUGACGCGACAGAAGAUCUUUUUCACGUGCCAAAGAAUUAUCACAACACACCCGGUGGAUUUACGGAGGGAAUGAAAAUUGAAGCUAUCGAUCCGCUCAAUCUCUCAGCCAUAUGCGCGGCAACGAUCAUGCAAGUCCUGAAGGAAAAUUACAUUAUGAUUCGUAUCGACAGUUACGACGCGGACGCGACUGGCGCCGAUUGGUUCUGCUAUCAUUCAUACUCGCCUUGUAUUUUUCCAAUCGGGUUUUGUUCUCAACACGGUUUACCGCUGAUACCGCCAAAAGGUUACGAUCCUACCACAUUCACAUGGGAUACAUAUCUAGCGGAGACAAAUACAGUACCCGCUUCUGCUAAUUUAUUUAAUCGGGACAUUCCCCAACAUGGAUUUAUUGAGGGAAUGAGACUCGAAGCCGCGGAUUUGAUGGAUCCUAGAUUGGUAUGUGUCGCUACUAUUACUAGAGUGAUUGGCAGAUUAUUACGAGUACACUUUGAUGGUUGGGAAGACGAGUAUGAUCAGUGGUUAGAUUGUCAAAGUCCGGAUAUUUAUCCAGUAGGAUGGUGUGAUCUUGUCGAUCACAGAUUAGAAGGGCCGCGUGUACCUAAAAACACUAGUCCUACUGUAAAAUCACCAAGAGGCCUUAAACGUAAGGGUAAGAGAAAAAUGAAGAAAGGCAACAAGAUGCUUUGUUUCAAAAAUAUACUACCUCCUCGUCAUAGCGAACGUAUAUUCGUUCGCCAUAGCGAGCGUGUGAAUCGCGAACGCGGGCGAGAAGUGGAGCCUGCUCAGGGCACAAAAAUAGAGAGAGAACGCGACUUGGAGAGCCUACCGGAACAGAGAAGCAGAGAACCGGAACCGGCUGAAGAGCCAGCUGGACCCGACCAAACUUUGCCUAGUCCUACUAGUGGACAAGGUCAAGCGUUGAGCGACACGCAAAGUGAAAUUAAUCCUCCACCGCCUAAAGAAAGAACUGCUACAUCGUACAUCAAUGUUACUUCAGGAAGUAGUAAAUAUAUACCGAGGCUUAUAGAUGGUGCACAAAAACAUUCGGAGUCUGGUGAUUUAGUGCCGUCUGAGUGGAACGUUUUUGAUGUUGCUCAGUUUCUUCGGGUUAAUGAUUGUGCGACAUACUGCGAUAAUUUCAGUAAACGUAAAAUAGAUGGAAAGACAUUACUGACACUCACUAAGGACCAAAUAAUAGACCUGACAGGGUUCAAAGUUGGGCCGUCUUUAAAGAUAUUUGAUUUAAUUCAGCAAUUAAAAAUCAAAGUGAAUCCAGCUCAGGAAAGAUUGAAAUUAGGAUAUAAAAAAUUAUUAUAACAUCAUUAGUACAUAGCGCUAUACGAGUUCCAUCGUUAUACAAAUUAGACAUGGAUUUACAGGUAAGGCAAGUGAAAAAAAAUACUUUCGCAUAUAUUAUUUGUUAUAAGAUCAGUGUAUUAAAACAAUAUGUUUAUACGUAUAUUAUUUAUAGUUUUAAAUCGAGUGUGGUAUAUAAUAGCAUCUAAUUUUUAAUAUAUCAUGAUUGUAUACAAAGUGUGGCAGGACAAGUGACACAACCGGAACAACAAGAAUGAUUCGUUGUGCAAAAAUUAAUCAAAAAUGUAAAAUUCAUUUACGGUUAAAUUUAAGGUUAGAGAUGUUUGAGUUUAAAAAUUGAAAUCAUAUUUACUUUUUUAUUACGUGUAAUAACAAUAAUGGCACAUGGUUAUUAGAGGU